GAGAGAGAGAAAGAGACUGCGACUGCGUCUCUGCGCGCGCGUGCAAGAGAGAGUGAGCGAGUGCGCCUGCGCCCGUAGGGGUUUCUCUUGUUUAGCGCUUUACACCACAACGCCAGUGUGAGCUGGGCAAGCUGGGGGCAAUGUGCUUUAUUCACUGGAUGUGUUUGCUUUUAGGUUUCUAGGUGCAGAAAAAAGCUGGAAAUGGAACUGCCAAAUCAUGCCAAACAAUUGCUGCUGCAGCUGAACCAACAAAGAGCCAAAGGUUAUCUGUGUGAUGUGAUUAUAGUUGUAGAAAAUGCCCUCUUCCGGGCACACAAGAACAUUCUGGCAGCCAGUAGUAUCUACUUCAAAUCCCUCAUCCUUCACGACAACUUAAUUAACCUCGACACGGAUAUGGUCAACCCGUCAAUUUUUCGGCAGGUACUGGACUUUAUUUACACUGGCAAGCUUUUGUCCUCGGAUCAGGUCAGUGACCACAAUUUUAAUGCCCUCCUAACAGCAGCAAGCUACCUCCAACUCCAUGACCUAGCUGCUCUCUGCAGAAAAAAGCUGAAACGCAAUGGCCGAUCCCUCCACAACAAACCCACAACUCCUACCAAUGGAAGAACUUCUAGGAACCAAAGGUUAUCCUCUACACCUGUCACCCCAAACCAAAUUUCAGGGUUUAAAGACAGUGAACAAACAAAGAGACAUGAGGAGCUACUCAAAGACGAGUUGUCAGAGGAUGAGGUUUUUGUCAGGAAUGCUCAGUGUGCAAACUUGGCCAAUUCUCUCAGUCCCUCUACUAGUAAGAAUGGGAGCAAUGGCAUGAUUACCAGCAGUGGUGGCCUCUUGGAGCUUGGUCUGGACCUCUCUAAGAAAAGCCCUUCAGGAAGCACAGUCACCGAAGAAGUCAGUCCAAGUAGUAUCCCACAAGAAUCACCUCAGUCUGCCUCAGAAUCCACAGCCAACAGUGCCUCGUUCGAUGAUCUCCCCACCAACCCACAGAGCCUCACCACUGGAGAGCCUAUGGAAAUGGGUGAAGGAGACGAAUGUGAUGAGAACCAGCAUUUUCCAGACCACGACCAACAAAAAAGCACCCGCCAGAUAUCACGGUCCAGGCGACAAGCCAAGGUUGAGGGCCAUAAAGGUGAAGAUAUGGAAAGGUCCACUUUGCCCAACGGAGUUGCCAAGAGACUAAAUGUGGCUGGAGAAAGGCUCCCAGGUGGAGGAAAUGUCAAGUCAGAUCUGUCCUACCAGUGUAAGGAUGAGGAAGAAGGACUGGAGAAUGGCCAGGAGCAGAGUGAAGAGAGCGGUCAGAGUGAGAAUGAAGGUGGCCGCAACAGUGCCAACUAUGUGUAUCGACAGGAAGGCUUUGAGCCUGCCCUUGGUGACAACCUUUAUGUCUGUAUUCCCUGUGGUAAAGGUUUCCCUAGCUCGGAAGAGCUAAACGCCCAUGUGGAGACCCAUACAGAGGAAGAGCUUUACAUCAAAGAGGAGGAGGAUGAUGUCUAUCCAAAGGAAGAUGAGGCUGAAGCUGAGGACCUGUCAUCUCAGACGGUCCAAGUGCACGGUGUAGAGUCGCGACGCUUUUGCUGCACGGUGUGCAAUAAAAGCUACAAAGAUCCGGCCACCCUGCGGCAGCAUGAGAAGACGCACUGGCUUACGCGGCCUUUUCCCUGCAACAUCUGCGGCAAGAUGUUUACGCAGCGUGGCACUAUGACGCGGCACAUGCGCAGCCACCUUGGUCUGAAGCCCUUUGCCUGUGAGGAGUGUGGCAUGCGUUUCACACGCCAAUACCGUCUCACGGAGCACAUGCGGGUACACUCUGGGGAAAAGCCCUAUGAAUGUCAGCUUUGUGGGGGCAAGUUCACCCAACAGCGUAACCUCAUCAGCCACCUUCGAAUGCAUACCUCCCCAUCAUAAGCCAAAGACACUUUGAAUGGAAUACCUUGAGCGCAAAAAGCUUUCAGUACGGUGCACACCUGUAUUCUGUGAAGAUGAUGGCUAUGAGUGGGCGAUCCGAUGGAGGAUUCACUCUCAGCUUCAGUGUCAGGAGUAGCAGUUCAAAAUAUUAAAGCCCCAACAGUUGAAAGACUAACCAUUUUUUCAAAAAUUGCUAUGAUUCUGUGGCAUCCCCCACCCCCAAAUCAAUGCUGCGAAUGUAUGCCUCGGGUACUGAUGCUGUUUCAGUGUUUUUUUUUUUUUUGGCUCUCCAGAUCACUUCAGACUAGCCUAUGCAUUGGUUUCGUUAUUUGUUUCACUAGCUGUUGUACAAAGAUUGAUCUUCGUACAAUUUCACUUCCUUUGGUCCUUAAAAACAAGGGUGGAAAUUAAGAAAAUGGACCACAGAAUGUGUAAAACGUAGUUAAGUAUCGAACAAUUAUUGGUUAAACUUUUUUUUUUUAGUUCAAAGGAAGAAUGAAAUAUAUGAUUGAGAGCCUUUAGAAGUGUUUAUGGUGUUCUAUAAAAGCUUUGUGCGUUUGACCAAACACAUUCACAAGCUUUA